AUGAAUUUUGGAGAACAUAUCAAUAGGCUCCAGCUUCAAACCCAAGUUCCACCAGCUGUCAGUGAUGUUCGUGUUCCAGCCAUUCUUCCAGGAAGUCCGCUCUACCCAUCCUCCGGCUUUCUCCCAACAGGCUAUCCAUUCGGUGGUUUAGCCUUCCACCCACAAAGUACCAUCCAGCGGCGACAAACAGCUCGGGAAUCGACUGGUCCUCUCAAGUCAUGGCUCCAGGAACAUCCAAGAAAUCCCUACCCAACUAAGGCAGAAAAAGUGAUGCUCGCACUCAUUUCCGGAAUGUCCCUGACGCAAGUAAGCACUUGGUUUGCGAAUGCUAGGAGAAGAUUAAAGAAGGAGUCCGGAAACAAGGAGGAUACUACUGAUGAUUCUAUCGAUGGAAAAGAUGAUACCGCUGAUGAGUCGGCUUUGUCGAUCGUUGAAGUAGAGCCAACUGUCCACGUGACACCCUCUCUAGCUCGCGAGCGGGAAGAAGAAUCCUCUGAAAUCAAGGAAGAGGACCCCCUUCCCGAAGACAAAAGCGCUUCAAGUUCUAGCCCUGCUCCGCCUGCUGAGGGGAGAAAAUCCAGCACCGACAAUCAAACCGAAAAUCUGGAGAAUCGUCGACCAUAUUCAAAAUGA